AGCGUCCGUAGUUACAAGAGUUGCCUAGAAACAGUUAUCAACAAAACGCCGUGGCUAACUUUUGUUAGCCUAGGGUUAGCAUUCAAAAAUCAAGGUGGAUAGGAACUGCAAGUCAUUUCAGACUUCCCAGCUGUCACAAAAGUCAUCGCCUCCAGUGUAUCAUAAAAAAAUGUCAGUGCCUUUCUCCAACACUCACCUGCGUGUCCCGCGAGGGUUUGGUACCAUCCUGGAGGGACUGGCCAGAGAAGUCCUACGAGACCAGCCUGAAGACAUUCCUAAAUAUGCUGCACAGUACUUCGACACUCUUCUCCAACAAAGAGAAGAUAGUGGCAUGGACCCUGCUGAGUGGGCUGCUAAACUGGAAGAUAGAUUCUAUAACAACAAUGCAUUCAAGGCCACUGGGGCUAGUCCUGAAAAAGAGCCUGCAACAGAGGUGGCCUUUUACAAAGAAAAAUCAUACGAGUCCCAAACUGAAGAUGAAUCCAGUCAUUCAGCAGAAGCCUCAAAUCCCUCCACCACACAUCCUAAUGUCUCUGAAGAGGUUGAUUUUACUGACAGCACAGAAGAAGAACAAGGACAAGACAAACACGAUAUUGCAGACAAACACAUUAUUUCAAUGGAAAAAGGACUUUCUGAAGAGGAAUCCGUCAGGCUCCCAACUUCAGAUGUACAGCCAGAUGAACUGAGUGGGACAGAGGAGGAGAAGGAGCCAACAGUAACUACAUUUGAUCAAGUUGACAGGGCAGCUAAUGAAAAAGACAGCAUCUCUGUUCCAGACCAAGAUAUACCUCAGUCUAAGUUAGAGCCCACAGACUUAUUAUCAUACAGAGGGGUUUCAGGUAUAGACGUGUGUGCUCAGGAGUUAGGAAUGGUAGAAGACGAGGGAGGUGAUAAACUAGAAACUGCAUUUGUGGAUGAGGAGAUUUUAGACUCAGAAGGAGAGGAAAAAACUGAAGAUGAAGAACCAGUGGAGGUCUUUCCAUAUUCGGGGCUAGCUGAUGUGGAUGUGUGUGCAUCAGAGCUUGGAGGAACAGAGAGAACAAUGGAAGGAGCCACUGCUCAAGAUGAUACACAUGGUAUUGAAGAGGAAAGCUCAAAACCCCAACCCAAGGAAACUGUUGUACAAUCAUCAUUGUGUCAGUCUGAAACCCCUGAGGGAAAUCAGCAAGAAGCAGAAGAUCAGGGAGAAAAAACAUAUGAGGAGGCAGGAACAGAGACUGGGGCUUCUUCUGGGGGAAUACAUGAAAGUUUAGCUCAUAUAGAAGGUGGUUUAGACAGUAAUGCUAUACCAAAGGAGGAUUCCUUAGUUGAGAUUAGCUUUGAUGAUGUUCCAGAGGCUCAGCAGAUUAAAGAGGUUGGGGAGAAACAGCCAGAGGAAGAGUAUUCUGUAGAAGUCUUACAGACCAAGAUACUAGAAAUGCAACAAGAGGAAGAAUCCAAGGGAAUGGAAAUGGUGGGAGUUGGACAGAAAGUUAACACUGAAGGGGAGGAAAUGGAAAGUCAGCAUGAGGCAUCAGAUAUAAUGGAGAGGGUGGACACAAAUGACUCUAAUUUAAAUGAUAGCGAUGAUGAUGAGAUGGGAGAAGGUGUUAAAACAAUCAGCUCAUCACAUCAACCCACCACCGAGACAGACGAAGAGAACCGAGAGGAUGAAACCGAUAAAAACUGUGAAGAUAAUGAGAAUAUAAGUGAAGGAGAAUUUCACCAGAAUGAGUCAAACGAGCAUGACUUUGAAGAAGACAAGAUAACAGAUGCUGUUGGAGGAGACAAAGAGGACAUACAUAUAGAAGGUUACAGUGAGUUGGAGGAUCAAGUUAUGAAUGAUGGUGGCAGGGAAGAUCAUCCUUUAGAAGGAACCCAGUCAAAUAUAUCAACUUCUGCAACGAAGACAGGGAGUGAAACUUUAGGGGAAAGUGCACAACAUCUACUGGAGGAGAACGAGGAGAGUCAGAGAACACUUGUGGAGUCACAGUCAGAGAUGGUAGGAAAAGAGGUCAAAUCAGAACAGAGAACAUCAGAAGCAGGGGAACAUCUAGAAGAAGGAAAGAUUGUUUCAGAAAUGCAAGAGAAGAGUGAUGCAAUGUGUGGAGAGAACAUCAUUAGCCACAAUCAAGGCCAAGAGGAGGAAAGGCCACUUGGGGCUGAAAAGGACUCCACAGAGAUUGAAGCCAACAUUUGUCACAAGAUGCUGUAUGAGGACUCUGAGGCACUGCCGCAUGCUCAUAAAACUGUAAUACUGUGGCUUUGUUAGUGCCAGAUCCCCUCUCCUCUCGGGAGCCACCACAGCCUUCGCAGGUUGGAACUUGAUUCAGUAAUCUCUCAUCAUAAAAGACAGACUGAACAAUUUGUCUUGUGAAUUAGGCGUUUAACAUUUUUACCACUAUCAAAGUUAGCCCUGUCUGAUUUGUCUGGACCAACAGUGCUCCAAACACGCAGGGAGGGGGGGUGUCAGAAGGGGUAUUAAGAAUGUUACCAUGGUAACCCCUCACCAUCCUGCUCUCUCUUAGUGUCGUCAUGAAAUUAGAGAUGGUGAUGCUGAUAGUUGCUAUGCACCAUCUGUAUUAGUAAUCUACCUUUAAUAGCAGUUUCUAACUGACUCACAAAGCUGUACACUAAAUAGGCCAUCUAUUCUAACAGUGACCUAGCUGCAAUAUCUCACAUGCCUUGUCUAGUCUUUUUUGUUUUAUUUUAAUGUGCCAACAGUGAUGUUCCUAUACUCUAAUCUUCUUAUCGAAUAAAUAAAGUGUUUAGAUACAUAAUGAUUAGGGUAAGAUGAGCAGACUAACUAUAUCAUCAGUGAUUACAGCAAAUUUAAUUACACUGUGGUUGUCGUUCCUACACACUAACAAAGUAAAAUGAUUGCAGUAAGUCAGCUUAGUGUAAUUAGGUGUGAGGCUAAAUUAACAUAUUGUUUGAAUGGUUGGAAAACCAGCAGGAGAGCGUUAAUGUCAGAGAUAUAACUCAGAUAAAUGGACAUUUUCUGUUUCUCUCCCUCUCCGUCUUGUCUCUGAGGCUGGCAGAGGAGUGUGGGCGGUCAUACCAGCUGGGAUCAGAGGGAUGGAGAGGGCUGUUAGCUCACUCUGCCUCUAAUAAAUGUACAACACCUCCUAGUGUAAAACAGUCCAAGAUGCUUAUGCUGUUUUAUUUUUACACUAUUAGUAGAAUUUGAAAGUCAGCAAUUAUUGUUUUAUGGCCAUCUGGCUUUUACAUAGUAUUUCUAUGUUGGUCAUCUGUUGUUAUUUGUGGAGUUUAUUAUUGUAACACUGCAACUUGUUUUAUGAUGCUCUCUGCAUGGUGUAGUUACUUUGUGUUUUUCCUCAUUUAUAUCCAGACUGUAUAUAUCAUCAUUUUCACUUGUGUCAAAAACUUUCAAACUUUAUAUCACUGAAUUGGUAUUUCAGUCACUUUUCUAAAGUCUAACACAAUCUGCGCUCGGUGAAUGUUGAGGUCUGGUAAAGGUCUGUAACAGUGAACACAGUAGGUCAGCAGCCUUAAUGAGACAGAAAAGAUGGAACACAUGCUGCCAUGUUUGUAGGAGGUCUCUCUUCCCCUCCCUCCCUCUUUCUCUCUUCCUCUCUUUCUGACUGUAUGUCUCUCCCUCACUGUGCGUGCACGGGUGUGACUGAACAUACAGUGAUUGUUAGUAAGAGCCAGUGAAGCAUCUGUAUUAUAACCGAGACUCGUUUAAAGAUAGUUUUGCUUGGUCCACAUAGAAAUCGAGGCAUUCAAUUC